CGCUUGGGGGCGGGCCAGGGGUCAGGACGCCUAGGUCCUUGGGGGGGAGGUAAGGGGGUACCCGAGCACCUGGAACCCUCGGCGGGCGGCGCUGGGUGCCUGCCGGGGUCAGGGCUGGCAGUGAGUGACAGGACAGGCCACUGCCCCUGCUGCAGGACUGGACACGAUGGCACUGCGCUUGCUGUACCAGGCUGCCCGCACAGGCACGCCAGCCAGUCUGUGCUACCUGCGCCCCCUCAGCACCACUGCCCCCAGAGAGUCCUACAAGUAUGUGAAUGUCCAGGACCCAGCCAUGGACAUGAAGUCUAUCACUGAUCGGGCUGCCCAGACCCUGUUAUGGACAGAGCUUUUCCGAGGCCUAGCCAUGACUUUGAGCUACCUCUUCCGGGAACCGGCCACUAUCAACUACCCUUUUGAGAAGGGCCCGCUGAGUCCCCGCUUCCGUGGGGAGCAUGCGCUGCGCCGCUACCCAUCUGGGGAGGAGAGGUGCAUUGCUUGCAAACUCUGUGAGGCUGUCUGUCCAGCCCAGGCAAUCACCAUUGAGGCAGAGCCAAGAGCGGAUGGCAGCCGCCGAACUACUCGCUACGACAUCGACAUGACCAAGUGCAUUUACUGUGGGUUCUGUCAGGAGGCCUGCCCUGUGGAUGCCAUUGUGGAGGGCCCCAACUUUGAGUUCUCGACGGAGACACACGAGGAGCUCCUCUACAACAAGGAGAAGUUGCUCAACAAUGGUGACAAGUGGGAGGCUGAGAUUGCAGCCAAUAUCCAGGCUGAUUACCUGUACCGGUGACUGCUGGACCCUGUGCAACGUGCCCAUGCUGUGUUCUUCCUGCUCCCAUAAUAAAGGGCCUAGGGGUGUUGCCACGGCCGUCUGUGCUGGGGACCCUGGCCCCUUCCUAACCCAGA